UCUGCAAAACCAAGGGCCAAAGAAGGAUAUUGGUGAGACAUCAUCCUUUUCUCUUCUCCGGUCGGAUGGAAGAAGGAAGUGGGAGAUCAGGGGCAGAAAGUGAAAGAUGGUGAAGAGCCCUAAGAGACUCAUCACCAUGAGAUUGGUUUCGGAUCUUGACUGGCGCAUUCUUCUCCUCAUCGUUCCUUGCUUCUCCCUUCUCAUCUUCUUCUCCAUCUCCUCUGCGGCCACCGCCGCUACUCUCAACACCAUUUCCUCUUUCGCCCCUCUCAAGUCCUUCUUCUCCAACCGCACCCCGCAGCGGUCCGAUAUUCUCCUGAAUUCGCCUUCGCCUCCGGCUAGGGUUCCGGCGAGGGACCGGGCGAAGAAGGAAGAGUUGAAUGGGUCGAGAAUCGCAGUCUGUUUGGUUGGCGGAGCCAGGAGGUUCGAGCUCACCGGACCGUCGAUUAUGGAGAAAAUCCUCAACGAGUACCCAAAUUCGGAUCUUUUCUUGCACAGUCCGUUGGACCUGAACGCCUUCAAGUUCUCUCUGUUGAAAACCGCGCCCAGGAUCGCAGCGAUUCGAAUCUUCCAGCCCAAACCGAUUCCGGAAACCGAACCGCAGCUACGAGUCCUCACCGCGAGGAACUCGCCCAAUGGGAUCCAGGGUCUUUUGCAGUAUUUCAAUCUUGUAGAAGGGUGUCUCACGAUGAUCAAAGCGUAUCAGAAGGACAAGAAUUUCACAUACGACUGGAUAGUUCGGACUCGUGUCGACGGUUACUGGAACGCGCCAUUAGGGCCCGAAUAUUUUGUACCGGGCAAAUACGUGGUGCCCGCCGGUUCCAACUACGGCGGACUCAACGACCGGUUUGGUGUCGGAGACCUCAACACCUCCACGGUGGCUCUCUCCCGACUGGCACUCGUUCCCCAACUAGACUCAUCCGGGUUUCGCCAACUCAACUCGGAAACCGCAUUCAGGGCACAGCUCACCACCCAGGGCAUCCCCUACCUCACAAAACGCAUCCCCUUCUGCGUCGUCAGCGACCGGAGAUACGAGUUCCCGCCGGCACGAUACGGCGUGCCAGUGGCGGCGAUGUCCAGUCCGGGCCCGCUCAGCGGCGCCAAGUGCAGGCCAUGCCAACCGGUGUGCCAAGGGCCGUGCGUGGCGGAUGUGAUAGGGUCGCUAAUUAAAGGUUGGAGCUGGACCGACUGGGCCAACGGGAGUCUGCAGCUCUGCGACGCUCAUGGGGAGUGGGAGAAGGGUUGGGAGAAGAGAUUCGACCGAGUCGCGGGGUCGAAACUCGCCCGAGCCAGGAAACGAGUUGGGGCGUUGAGAUUAAAGGAUUGCGUGAAGGACUUUGAGGAGAUGAGGAACCGAACUAGCAACUGGGACGCCCCAACGGCCAGCGAGAUUUGUAAACUGGGGUUGUAGUGGGGGUAUUUUGGGAAUUGUAGAAAUGAUUUUUUUUUUCCCUCCCUUUUUUAUAAUAUUCAGAAAUACACUGUGUAAUUUCAAAAGAAAAAAAUUCUAUUAGAUUUAAAUUUAGUUGGCCGCCCUCUUGUACAAGUCAAAUGCUUUUCGGAAACGUUGGGGACCACAGAAAUAAAUUAAUUUUCUGACCUAA